AUGAAGUUCCAUCUUUUCUUCCUCGCGGCCAGUAUUAGCUGUGCCAGCGCGCAAACACACACCACCACCAUCACCGAGAACAGUACGACCACGACUGCCAUCAAAACACCACCCAGCACAAUCACAAAAGGGUACCUCAACCGGCUAGACUUCUGGGCUUACCCCGAGGCGUCCAUCGUCCACAUCAACGCAUCCGACAUGAGCGCAACCACCUACCUCAUCAACUGCCCCACACCUAACACCGCCACCACCACGUCAUCGUCCUCCACAAGCCCAACCGCCAUCUAUCCUUCCACCCAGCCAGACGACUGCAAUCUCCCCUCUACAGGCAUGACAUUGGUGGAGGGUCCCGAUACGAUGCGAUACACGUCCACGAACACGGCGCCCGGCUCGUCCAGCACCAUUACCGAGGACUGCACCAUCUGGUGGGAAAAGCAAAAGUGGUGGUGCUCGUGGAACAAAGAGGGCGACGAUGUGCCGGAGACGGUGAGCGUGGGGUCGACCACGUACACGGGCGCCCCUCCUUCCUCGUUGUUCAACAGGAUGCAGGUGACAGCGGGUAUAGAAAAGAUAGAGGCCGCGAGCUCGAGUAACUCAGAGAUAAGGUGGAGCAGUCUGAAUGGCCUUAUACCCAAGACUACGUCGUCAUCGGCUGGUGCUGCUGCGGCUACGGGUGCACCGAUGCAUGUGAUUCCGGCCAUGGGAUUGGCUGGUGCUGUGGGUGCACUCGCUGCCGCUGUAGCACUGUAA